AUGUCGGAGGAUCCCAAUAUUAUUCAAAAUCAAGGAAGUCCAGUGAGUUUCCUUUCUUCUAAUGAUGGUGAAAUAAGAGAAAAUAUUGAUCCUAAUAUAGGAGUACCUAAUAUUGAAUAUAGCGAUAUUGAAGGCGCAGAAAUCUUGCGACCAGUCCGACCAUCACAAGUAUCUCGAACUAUUUCGGAAUCUUCCACUGACUCUUCCAUGAUGAGAAUGAAAAUGAUUGGAAAAAAGAAGGCGACUUUACUUUGGGAACCGGUUAGAAAGCCUGAUAUUGAUGCUUUUUUAGGAAUUAUUAUUUUGAUGGGUAUUCAUGUUUUACCAUCUAUAGAUCUAUACUGGUCUACUGGCCCAUUUUUUAGAGUCGACGAAAUAGCACAAGUAAUGACGUGCAAAAGGUUCAAAAAAUUUUUAGAAAACCUUCACCUAAAUGAUAAGCCCAAAGCUCCUGCUAAAACAAGUAAUUAA